AUGGCAAUUAGACCUACUCCACUCUCUUGGAAAGCAGCAUCUACUGCUACAGCUACAGUUAGACAACUGCUGACAAAAGCAGCAUGGAAGGCUAAUAAUGCAAGUCCAUUCAUCUUUGGUCCUCAAGGUAGAAAUAUCACUCAACCUUUGUCAAGAGCUUCUACUAUGGCUGAAACAAUUCAAGCAGAGUUAGGUCAAACUCAACCUCAGCCACAAGCUCAAGCUCAACAAAAGCGUUAUUUUAGUUCUUAUUAUUAUCCAUUCCCCAAGAUUCCAAGACCUAAAAGAAAUGUCUUAUAUUAUUCAACUUGGUCAAAAGGUUCAAAAUAUAUCCCUGGUAGGAAAAGUUUACAUUUACCAACUUUAAAGAUUUCAAGACGUUCAAUUUCAAAUGCUAAUCAAAAAAUUAAACUGAAAACUAAAUCUUUACAUAAAAGAUUCUUUUCAGUUGAAGCUCGUAAAAGAAGACAACAACGUCGUAAAUUCAUUAAAUGGUGGACUAUAACUUCUUUAACCGUUGUACUUGGUGGUGUAGCUGCUAGAAUAAGAUACCAAAGAGGUAAAGAAUAUGAUGAAGAAGACCAUCCUACAAAUCCAUAUCGUAUUAGACCUCAUUCAUGGCAUUUAUAUGCUUAUUCUACAUUACCGUUGAAAACCAUUUCAAGAUUAUGGGGACAAGUUAAUUCAAUUAAUUUACCAGUAUGGAUAAGAAGUCCAUCUUAUCGAUUAUAUUCUUUUCUUUUUGGAGUCAAUUUAGAAGAAAUGGAAAAUCCUGAUUUAACAAGUUAUCCAAAUCUUUCUGAAUUUUUCUAUAGAACUUUAAAACCAGGAGUACGUCCAAUUGCUGAUACUGAUUUAGUUUCACCUGCUGAUGGGAAAGUGUUAAAAUUCGGUAUUAUUGAAAAUGGAGAAAUUGAACAAGUGAAAGGAAUGACAUAUUCUAUUGAUGCUCUCUUGGGUUUAAAUACUGGUAGAUUAGCAGCUCCAAUUCAUUCAUGUACUUUUGAACAUGAUAGUGAUGAUGAAACUAUUGUAAGAAGAGAUGAAGAAUUUGCCAAAAUUAAUGGGAUUUCUUAUUCUUUAGAUGAUAUCGUGGGUGGAGAAAAUGAAGAUACUUUCCAUCUUAAUGAAUUAACUUAUAGAGAUGAACAUGAUGGUACUGCUUUAGGGGAACGUGCAUCUAUAUCAAAAGAAUUGGCAGUUGCUGAAGAUUUAGCUCCUACUCCAUUGGAAAGUUUAAAAAUUAGUAAACAUAAACAACUUUAUUUUGCCGUUAUUUAUUUAGCACCAGGAGAUUAUCAUCAUUUCCAUUCUCCAACUAGUUGGGUUACUACCCUUAGACGUCAUUUUAUUGGAGAAUUAUUUUCAGUUGCUCCAUUUUUCCAAAAGACUUUACAAGGAUUAUUUGUAUUGAAUGAAAGAGUUGCAUUAUUAGGAUAUUGGAAAUAUGGAUUUUUUUCCAUGAUUCCAGUAGGUGCUACUAAUGUUGGUAGUAUCGUGGUGAAUUUUGAUAAAGAUUUAAAGACAAAUGAUGUUUAUGAACAUGAAGUUUAUCAAAAACAAGGUGGAGGACCAAUUAAUGAAAAUACUCCAUUACUAAAGCAAGUUGAAGAAGAAAAAGAAUAUAAUGCAACUGAUGUCAUAACCGUUACAACUACCGAAUUAGAAGAGAAGAAGAAACGGAAAAGAUUAAGAAAGAAUACCGUGUAUGAGGCAACUUAUACAAAUGCAAGUAGAUUAUUAGGUGGUUAUCCAUUAAGUAAAGGUCAAGAUAUUGGUGGAUUUAAAUUGGGUUCAACUGUUGUUUUGGUAUUUGAAGCUCCUGAUAAUUUUAAAUUCAAUUUAAGUGUUGGUCAAAAAGUCAAAGUUGGUCAACCAAUUGGUGAGUUUAUAUAA